AUGGUGCGGACCAAGAAGCAUACCGGCACUGGGAGCAUGCCCCCGGGGUCACCGAGACGCGGUAUGGGCACCCUGGAUGACUUCCUCAGCACCCCGGCCGGGCUCCGGGGCACGGCGCCCUCUGACAAUAUGGCGGCUGUCUCCCCCAGUGCAACCAGCGGGGGGGACUCCAUGCCCGACUUCAGCCCCGUCGAUGCCCUUCAUUCCAUCAGGGCUGAGCUCUCGAGGAUAGGGAGCAGCAUGCUCACCAAAGCAGACACGGGGGCCCUGGUUCGGGAGAUAAGGGAGGCGGUCCGGGAGGAUCUGCAGGGCCUCCGCACAGACCUCAUGGCCCUCACGGAGCGGGUGGACACAGUGGAGGCAGAAGCACGGAUCUGCUGCCAGCAGCACCGAGCAGCAGAGACAGCGGCCACCAGACAGGGUAAUAUGCUGCUGAGCCUCAGACGCCAGGUGGAGGACCUGGAGAACCGCAGCCGGAGGCACAAUGUCCGGAUCAGGGGCCUGCCGGAGCCUGAUACAGAACCCCUGGCGACCACCCUGCAACAGCUCUUCUGCCAGCUCUUAGGUCCUGACGCGCCGCCCAUCAUCCGCAUCGACCGGGCCCACCGCGCCUUGGGACAAGCUAGGCCGGACGGCAGACCCAGAGAUGUGGUGUGCUGUCUUCACUCCUUCCCGCAGAAGGAGCAGAUCAUGGCGGCAGCCAGGAACCUACCGACAGUCACCUUCAGGGGAGCUGAUCUGGCGCUCUUCCAGGAUCUCUCCGGCCUCACACUGGACGCCAGGAGGGCGCUGCGGCCUAUCACAGCAGCCCUGCGUGACAAGGGGAUCCCCUACAAGUGGGGGUUCCCCUUCAGCCUCCAAGCCUGA